AUGAACACUUUUACUGUUCCGCCCGGCUACAAGUUCCGACCCACAAGUCAAAUAAUUCUUAUCACACAUCUUAAACCUAUAGUUUUUGGUGAUUUAGAAAAUCUACUUGCAAGCAAUAAUAAUAUACGUGAAGCUGAUAUCUAUAGUUGUCAUCCAUCUGAGUUAUUUCAAGACUUGCAACACAACGAUGACGAAUAUAAAAUCGAACGUUAUUUUUACACUACAUUGAAGAAAGUUAGUGACAAAGAUAGUAAGAAUGGAAGAAACUACGUAAGAAAUAUUGAAAAAAUUGGAAAGUGGCAUAAUGAGUAUACCAAGACAAUUCUUGAUGAUCAUGGUGAAGUUAUAGGGUAUGAUAAAUAUUUCAAGUUUGUAUCAGAAACAAAGGAUGAUAAUAAGACGGAGGAAUGGAAUAUGCAUGAGUAUUCUUUAAAACAAGAGCUUAUACCAGAGUAUAUUGAUGAAAAGAAGAAGAAUUUAGUGAUUAUUGUUAAUCACUCGGAAGAUAGUACUAUUGUUGGUAGCAAUGUCGUCAAUAAUGGUAGUGACAUGAAUAUGAUGACGAAUUAUGUCUUUAUUGAUCAACAAGAGGAAGAACUAUCGUGGAAGAACCAACAAUCAAGUGAUCAUAUUAUUGUUAAUAACUUGGAAGAUAAUACUAUUGUUGGUAGCAAUGUCGUCAAUGGUAGUGACAUGAAUAUGAUGACGGAUUAUGUCUUUAUUGAUCAACAAGAUGAAGAACCAUCAUGGAAUAAACAACAACCAAGUGAUCAGAUUAUUAUUAAUAACACGGAUGAUAGUACUAUUGUUGGUAGCAAUAAUGUCAAUGGUAGUUACAUGAAUAUGAUAACAACAGAUAAAAUCUUUACUACUGAAGAAGAGGAAGAAAUAUUAUCAGGGAAGAACCAACAAUCAAGUGAUCAUAUAAUUGUUAAUAACUCGGAAGAUAGUACUAUUGUUGGUAGCAGCAAUGUGAAUGGUUGUAACUUGAAUAUGAUGACGGAUUAUGUUGUUAUUGCUGAACAAGAGGAUGAAGAAGUAUCAUGGAAGAACCAACAACAAAGUCAAAGUGAUCAGAUUAUUAUUCUUAACAAUAACUUGGAAGAUGUCAAUGGUAGUAGUAACGUGAGGAUAGACCAACUAUUUGAUUAUGAAGUUCAAUGCCGUAAAGUACGUAAAGAAGGAGAUAUAUUUGUACAUUCAUUAUUGAUCACUGAGGAAGAGCAAGAUGAUUUGAUCAGAGAAUACCAACAAACUCAGCACGCAGGAGAAUGA